CUCUAGUCCUAUCUUACCUCACGACCUCUAGACUUUUAAGAUGCCGUUCAAGCAAGGUGACGCCGGCAAGGGUGCUGGUCUCUUCAAGACUCGUUGUGCUCAGUGUCACACGGUCGGUGCUGGCGAGCCUAACAAGGUCGGCCCCAACCUUCAUGGCAUCUUCGGUCGCAAGUCCGGCCAAGUUGAGGGCUUCUCCUACACCGCCGCGAACGUGAACAAGGGCGUUACCUGGGACGAGGAGACUUUGUUUGAGUACCUCGAGAACCCUAAAAAGUACAUCCCGGGCACGAAGAUGGCGUUCGCGGGUCUCAAGAAGGAUAAGGACCGCAAUGAUCUCGUUACAUGGCUGAAGGAGGCGACUGCAUAAGCUACCGCACAACCUCCGCCUUCUGCAAGAGACUCUGAUAUGGACCGCUACCUACCAUACGUCGUGGCUAGACUGGUCUUAGUGCAUGUAGAUGACCAUCACUGUCCGUUCUUGCAUACAUACACCCCC